AGAAUGUUUAAUAUGCCAAUUGAUAGAGAAUAUUGUGAGUUAAAGAGCUGGAGCAGCCUACAAGAUUCACUGCUUGAACAGAUAGCCUCUAGUAAAAGAGAUGCUUCUAAGAAAAAAUUGAGAGGACAAAUGGAAAUAUUCUCAAUACCUGAAUAUUUAAAGAAAGUUUAUGAAAUUGACACAGAACAUGAAAAAAGAUUGAAGCAAAAUAAAAAAUGGCAAGUUCUUCAAAAAAAGAAGCCAGCAGUACACAUAAAUAUUAGUGAUGACACUGAAAAUAGAAUAACAAAAAAUGUUUUAACUGAAAAAAUUAAAUUAAACACAGGAUUAGAAAAGAAAUGCAUAGCUAAAGAACAUGUUUCCAAAAGUUUGGAUAAGAAAAUAGCGGCAAAAUUUAAAAAAAAUGUAAUAAACCCGCAAAAUCAACAUUUCCAAAUAGCUACUCCAACUAAAAACAUACAUUCUUCACCUUCAAACAAUGGUUUUCUGAUCACAAAGCUCUCAUCUUCCACAACAUUAAUUAAAAAAUUACCUACUACUGAAAAAACCCUGAGCAAGCUCCAGCUAUCAUUCCCAGAACCAACAACAUUACCUGCCUCUUCUACCCUCUCUGUUUCACCAAUAGCCUCGAGGAAUAAAAAAGAAAUUUCAAGUGAAAUACCUCACCUUGGUAGGUUAAAUAAUUCUUCUGAAAUUACACCUGGUACAUCUGAGACAGUAAUGAAUUCCUCUCCAGUUUCUUUAUCUGAGGUUCCUCAAAGUUAUUCCAAACUUUCUUUCAAUGCUUGGAAGACAUCAAAGCCCAUCAGACAAUAUGGUUCUUCAUCAAAAAAUUCAAGAAAAUCUGUUGAAUCUGCCCCAUCUCAAUGGUCAAUUGAGAAUAUUACACUUUCAAUGAACUCAUCUGUCACUUCCACAGAAAAAGCAGAGUUCUGUUCUUCAGAAACAAUGAUGACUGAAACCUUUUCUCCUUUGCUGACUAUACCAUCAUUCCAUAAUGAAUGGACUGAACCUGAAAUAUAUUACACACCUAAACUAAUCGAUGUGACAAAAAGUUAUGACUGCUCUUCACCAGAUUUGCUAAAUCCUUUUCAUUCUAUUCAACUAGAUGAGCCUACCACAUACUUCUCAUCCCACUUUACAGCCUCCCCACUUUCAUUUGGAGAACUUUAAUUGAUUGUCCUCUAUUCUGGAUCAGUACAAGCAAAUCUUGACUCAAUAAUAAAAAAUAUUUAUGAAAAACAUAUAUAACAAGAAAUCAAUUAUUUACAAAUCUAAGUUAAAU